AUGAUGACUGAUGAGUGCGUCAGUAACUUGAGCAACGAUUCUUUUAUCGUUUGGCUGGAUAAUGGGAUCGAAAAGAGUAGAAGUAGUCGAGAAAUAAAAUCGCUUAUACGACAACUGGCCAGAGGUCGUUUAUUUACUUCCGCUGAUCCCGACGAAUGUGUUGAUUAUAUACUCGAUGAGCUAGCAACAAAAAACGUUUGUUUUAUUGUUUCCAAUGCACUUGGUCGAAAUGUUGUGCCUCUUAUAUACGGACUGCCACAAAUACAAAAAAUAUACGUAUUCUGUGGUAACCGUCAAGCAGCCGAAUCAUGGGUUAAACCACAUUUUAAGAUCUCUGGUAUAUUCACUGAGAAAAAAAAAUUAUUACAUCAAAUUGGUAAUGAUAUUGAUCUCUAUGGCAAAGAUGAUGAUUUACCAAUGAGUGUUUUUCAUCUUGCUGAGCGAGAACAAACUUUACAAAAUUUAACACAAGAAAGUUCUACAUUUAUGUGGUAUCGGGCAAUAUUGAUGGUUCUUCGAUCGAUGGCAAAAUAUUAUAACUCAAAAACUGACAUGAUCGCUGAAUCUAAAGCUAAUUAUCAUAGAGAUGAAAUUGAACAAAAGAAAAUAAAACUUUUCGAAGACACUUAUUGUCCAACAAGAGCAUUUUGGUGGUACACUUACGAUAGUUUUCUGUAUCGGUUAUUAAACAAAGCUCUACGCACACAAGAUAUUGAAAUAAUAUUUAAAUUUCGAUUCUUUAUCAAUGAUCUUUGUAACCAAAUCGAACAGUCGUAUUAUCGAUAUUUAGAAAGACAUUCUUCUGAUACAAACCAUGAGUUGACUGUAUAUCGUGGACAACGUUUAAGUAUGGCCGAAGUCAAUCUAAUGAAGAAUAACGUAAAUGAACUUAUUUCAAUGAACAGCUUCUUAAGCGCUACAUUAAAUAAAGAAAUAGCUUUGAUUUUUGCGGAUACGAGUGAUCAAUCGAAGGAACCAUCGCCUCUACAAUCCGUUCUUUUCAUCAUUGACAUUUCUAAUAUGUCUAAAGAAAUGACAUCAUUUGCAUUCAUACAAAAUUAUGCAUGUUGUCCAGAUGAAGAAGAAGUUAUAUUUUCGAUUGGUGCCAUAUUCAAAGUUCAAUCAGUAGAGCUCCAUGAAAAGAUGUGGCAUGUCCAUUUAAAACUAAGUAAAGAACAAAACCAACUGAGCCAACAUCUUUCCGAUCAUAUGAUCAAACAAAUAGGAGUGAAACCCAGUCCAUUAUCAUUCGGUUGGUUUCUUUACCGCGUCAAUGAAUUCAACAAAGCUGAACGUUAUGCAAAAAUGAUGCUCGAACAACUCCCACCAAUGGAUAGAGGAAUUGGCGAUGCUUAUAACUUACUGGGUCUCAUCUAUAAAGAUACGCGUCAGGUGCAAUUAGCUAUUGAGUGUUAUGAAAAAGCACUUCAGAUUUAUUCGAGCUCAAAUCGUCAUACAAGUCCUCAAGUGAUCGCUACGCAUUGUAAUCUUGGUUUAGCUUAUCUAGCAUUAGGAGAUGAUGAAAAAGCUGAAAAUCAACAAAAUCAAGCUGAAAUGAAAUUAUACAAUUCAUCGCAAACGCAGAAUUCAUUACUCAAAGCUACAGUGGAAAGUCUGAAAGCAAAAAUUGAGAACAAAUGUGGAGAUAAAACAAGCGCUUUGGAAACACUUGAACGAGUUUUAGAGAGUAAAAGAAGUAAACUAUCACCAGUUCAUCCCUCGGUAGCAUCCACAUUAAACGAGAUUGGUAAAGUGCAUGAAGAUAUGGGCUAUUACGUAAAAGCACUCGAAUGCUUUCAAGAAGCACUGAAUAUUGGUAUCAAAACUUUAACACCCAAUCACUUGGAUUUAGCUGAUUAUCAUACAAAUAUUGCUCGUGUUCUUAGCCAACGUGAACAAUAUAGACUUGCUUUGAAACAUUUCGAAUCGGCACUGGCCAUCGUCGCGGAUGACGAACGAGAAAUGACUGACUCAAUUUUGACGUUGCAAAAGUAUAUCUUUGAGACGAGAAAAAAAUUACGUCAGUCAGAGAUUCACUGA